CGCGACGGGCCGAUCCGGUGACAUGUCCACAUUCCUUUUGCGAGGAGGCUGGUGUGAAGGGCGUGGUGUGUCUGAGCCGUUGUAAACCCUAAAGCUUGCUCUGGGAAUUGCAGCUCCAAGCUCGCACUGGAUCGCAGAGAUGGCCACAGGGGCUGCGCGCCGGGGCGGAUGGCGUAUCGCGAAGCAGUUUUCGGAGAGAUUGACGCUGUCUUCGUCGUUGGGGGUGCAGAAUGGGGGUGGUUCCGUGGGAAUGCAAGGUCUGGGGGCGACUAACGAGGUGGCGCCCUUCGGAGCGAGGGCCGCCUCCAACCAGGCUGUGCGCAACCGGAUGCGCUCCGUGAAGAACAUCCAAAAGAUUACCAUGGCUAUGAAGAUGGUUGCCGCGUCGAAGCUGAGGACAGUGCAGGUGAAGGCGGAGAAUUCGCGGGGUUUGUUUCAGCCAUUCACAGCUUUGCUAGGAGACGCGCCUGCUGUGAUGGGGAACAAAACGCUCGUGGUCACCUUGUCUACUGAUAAGGGCUUGUGCGGGGGUAUCAACUCUACAGUGGUGAAGUACUCGCGUUCGCUGAUGAAGUUGAAUCAGUUGCAUGGCGAGGGUUAUGAUACGAAGUUCGUGAUUGUGGGGGACAAGGGGAAGGCACAGUUGCAGCGGGAGUACAAGAAGCUCAUUAGUACGUACAUUACCGAGACGCAGAAGGUGGCGAUCAAUUUCACGCAGUGCGCCAUGAUCGCCGACGAGAUCAUUAAAUCCUGCGAGUAUGAUGUCAUCAAGGUGGUCUACAACAAGUUCAAUUCCGCUGUUUCUUUUCUGCCUACUGUAGCGACAUUGCUCUCUCCGGAGAUGUUAGCCGGGGAAGAAGCUCAGAAAAUCGGUAAUCUAGAGUCUUACGAGACAGAGGGAGCCGAAACCCAGGGAGAAGUUCUUCAGAAUCUUGCUGAAUUCCAGUUGGCAUCUGUGCUUUACAAUGCCAUGCUUGAGAAUGCGACCAGUGAGAUGGGAGCACGUAUGUCCGCCAUGGACAGCUCUACCCGUAACGCUGGUGAGGUGCUCGAUCGUUUGACUCUCAGUUACAACAGGUCGCGACAAGCCUCCAUUACGACGGAACUUAUCGAAAUUAUUUCUGGUGCUGCUGCAUUGGAGGGUUAGGUUCAUUCGGAUUAUUGGUUAGAAGUACCCGAGUUUUUUUGCAGUUCGAUAGCGGCGUACCAGGUUUUCCACCUGACUAUCUAGUUUCUUGGUAUUUAUGUUACGGCAGCAGUUCGGAAGGUUUUCUUUUCAACAAUUGUUCAUGGGAGCAUGUGUGUCCUAUCAUGUGCGUCUCUGCUGUUGGAGCUUCGACUCCAGUGUAGGGUUCAAGUGCCGUCCUGGCAUUGAGAUAUAUGAGCUGGUCGGAGUGAACCUUCCGAGAGAGAAGCAACCAAAAGUUGAUGUCGAGGUCCGGACGUAUGCUGCUAGUUUAUAAUCGUGCAGUCUGUUGUAGGUCGAGAAGAUCACCGCUUGAAUGUUGAUAGUGGAUAUCGUACGUGUUGCUUGCGACUGUGCUGCAAAGCAUGAAUGGACGUUGAAGAAGCAAGGUUUUGUGGAUUUAGGAUGGAUGUAGAUGCCGUUUCUCAUGGUAAUAAGAAUAAUUAGUGUACUACCAACUGUUGGUAGUAGCCCAUCAACAGAGAAUACGAAAUGCUGCAUGUUGCAAUUAAACCACUAGCAUUAAGUUGCAUUUUUUUAAUUUUAAAUUUGGACGUUAAUGAGCAUAUGAAGUUCACUAGCCAGGUGUGCUAGCCUGGUUGUUCCAAAUUUUUUA